AUGUGUGCGAGUGGUUGCAGAUUUCCUUUCGGCCGCUCUGGCCAAGACCACAGGUGGAGGAACUGCCCAAAGGGCUCGCCGAAGGCAAAGCGCUGUGCCCCGUCUUGCCGAUAUGGUGGACGCAGGAGGAGCCCUCGGAUCUUGAUGCCCAAGGCCUCGCUCCAGCACCCGGAUGUGCUGAAUGCAUCCCUGAGCACGCUCGACUGCGGUGAUAAGGAGCCACAGGACCUGUGUCGCGAAGUCAAGAAGCUGAAAGCACACCGAGUGUCCUGGCUGGAGCAGUUGAGGUAUCGCUUCUUGCUGACAUCGGCUCCGAAGUGUACGUACACGGGGCGCGUCUACCCGUUUGCGGCUUCCAACUCCGUGGUGGCCAUGUUCUCUAAUGGUCGGCAUGGCGUGAGCCAAGCGAUUUAUGCAGCCCUGCAGGACAAUGUGCAUGUCAAGCUCGUGCACGAAAAGGCCUUCGUGGAAGAGAUACGAAGCAUGCAAGCUUCUUGGAGAGAGCUCGCAGCUCUACCUCCUCGUGCACAGUCUGUUUACGACUGGGCUACGAGCAGUGAAGUUCGAAUUUGCUACAUGUACGAGCUUUUGCGCUCCUACAGGCCCGGUCCUGCAUUCCUCUGCUUGAUGCUCAGAUGUUAUGAUGUUUGA